AUUGUGCACUUAGAUGUAAACAAAAAAUGGCCUGAUUCUGGUCUCCGCCAGAAUCAAUGUGACCAUUUCAACAGAUUGAAAUUACUUGAAAUGUAUCGUAUACUUGUGGCUUACCUGAUAGUGAUAUCCGAGUAUCCGACAAACAAAAUAUAUUGUUAUCAACACUCUGAUACUUUAUAUCUGAUAGUCUGAUGUUUGGUUUUCACUUUUCACGUGUUUUUGGCGUUUGACGUUUUACGAUUUUUGGUGUUUGCUUAAAUAAAAUAGUUUUUUUUUUGUAAUAUUUUAUAUUUAUACUGUCAUAUUUAUUUUAAAAAAUGACUACUUGUGCAGUCAAGUUUUGCGACAAUAAAAUGUCACUAACGAAAAAUAUAAGCUACUUCAGAUUUCCAAGCGACCCAUUGAGGUGUAAACAAUGGAUGGAAAAAUGUCAAACUGAACAUUUACUGAAAAAAGAUGCUACUAUUUUAUACAAAAAUUACAGGGUGUGUGGUGUUCAUUUUGAAGACAAAAUGUUUUUAAAUCCAAAUAGAUCUUCAGGUAGCAGGCGAACUGGAGGAACAACUAAGAUCCGUCUAACAGUGCACUGCAGUCUGCAAUGUGCCAAUGCUGCAGUUGUGCAGCACGCAGAUUUCUAUUUAGAAGUCCGUGUUGUGCAGUACUGCAGUAGUGCAGUGCCAGUUGUCACUGUUGUCAGUGUGCAAGAACUAUAA